UGUUGAUGUUUUGGAUUAAAAUGAAUUAAAAAAAUUAGAGUUAAAAUUAUCUUUUCGAAUGCUUUUAGUGUUAUUAGUGACUGAAAAGUAUAAUUGAAUGUAUGUGAUAAAAAUUUUUUAAAGGUAUUUUAGGGUGUGGUAUUUGACCAAACUUAAAAGGGUAUCAGCGAAGUUAAACCUAAAAUGCAAGUGAAGCUGACGAGCCGCUCUCGUGAGCUCAAGACCUUUCCAAUCCAGCUUGUGACGAAACAAACCUAAUAUAUUCCCCCAAGGCCGAAAGCCCUCCAAAAUUCAAAACAAAAACCCUUCAAAAUUCAAAACCUUAAUCGAUCUCUGCAGCUCAAUCAUCAAAUACAGGCCUCUCUCUCUCUUUCUCUCUUUCUCUCAAUUAUUUCACUGCUUGAUUUGUAGACACAAUAAAGAAAAAUGAGCCCCAUUGUCCAAAGAACUCCCAUAUCUGGAAGAAACUCAGUUUUCUUUCAUGAUUUGGCGACACCUGUUUCUGCUCGUAGAGGCGGACCAAAAUCCACUACCCCAGGUCAGGCUGAGGCUGUUUCAGCUGUAUGGAGUGAGAAUUUCCCUAAUUCCCAUCUUCCACCACCACCAAUUUUCACCCUCCAAGACCGCUCUGAUUUCUCCCCAGAAUCUGGAAUUCCAGACUACCGGGAAAUCAAUUCGGACCCAAGAACCCCGGUCCAGAGCUCGGGCCGCGUGUUUUCAACUCCAAAAAGCAAGUAUGGAGCGAGAACUUCAUAUGCUGUAAUGGGUAGGCGGAAGCAGAAUCAACAGGGUUCGGUGGCGAGUUUGAGUUGGUGGUCACCUAUGAAGAAUGGUGGUAGCAGUGAGCAAGAUGAUAAGAUGCAGUGUUCCCCGGUCGAGGGAGUGGUUCAGUCUGGAGCUUUACUUACACUUCCACCCCCGGAGGAAGUUGCGAGGCCAGAGAUGCACAGGAAUACCUUACCUGUUGGUGAUCUUGAUGAGGAAGAAUGGGUUACUGUUUAUGGAUUUUCUCCAGGAGAUACCAAUUUAGUUUUGCAGGAGUUUGAAAAAUGUGGUGUGAUUUUGAAACAUGUUCCAGGUCUAAGAGAUGCUAAUUGGAUGCACAUCCUGUUUCAGAAUCGAUAUGAUGCUCACAAAGCUCUCAACAAGAACGGAAUGCAAAUAAAUGGAGUUGUCAUCAUUGGAGUGAAGGCAGUGGAUCCAAUUCAACACCAAGCUCUGAAUGGAAGGCUUAAUAAUCAAGGAUUCGUGACUUUGCCCCCUGCACCAUGUAGUAAAAUCCUCGAGUCAAAGCCAUUGAGGUACCCCUGUUAUCUUCAAAAUGGCAGUAAUGGUACCCGGGAGUCAGCUGGGACCAUUGCCACCCCCGCGAAAUCCAUGGCGUCCAAGAUCAUUGAUUUAAUGUUUGGUGUCUAGUUGAGCUUUCAUUUCCAUCAUUUUUACUUAUUAGAGCUCUCUUCAUUUUCAUUCUAUGGUGGAAUCUCUUCGGAGGAUGGCAAAUGUUUAACUUUCCCCUCUGGCAAAAGUAAUUCAAACAAAAGUGAAGCUCUCAACAAAAUUUUCUACAUAUUCAUUUUUUCCUUUCAUUAAUUUUUGCCAGUAACUUGGACUAUUUAAUUAGAUACUUCAACUUUCUUGUUCCAUUAGUUUGAAAAUUGUUGCUAUCUUGAAUUUGUGGUUAUGGAGGUUGUAAAAUAAGACUACAGGACUUUACUCUUUGUAGAUUCAGAGGUGUCAUUUUCUUCU